AGCAACAGUAGACAUCAGCAAGAUUCAACUAUAGAAACGUCGUUUUUUCCGGGACCUUUAUUUUUAUAUUAGAUUGUUCAAAAUGUGGAACGCCAUGGCACGUCAAAGAAACUCAUACCUCCAUGCAACUUUGAAAACUGAAUCUAUCGACCCUUAUGUGCUCAAUAAGUGUGUGGAAAUUGCAAUGCACAAAGAAAAAGAUAUUAAAGUUGAGCGCGCAGAUUUCCAUCAGCCAACUCUGAUUCAGCCAAAACGCUUCGGAAUAAAUCCUAUCAAAAAGAACGCGAACCUUGCAUAUGGGUUAGAUGGUAUUCCGCAACUCCUUAAAGAUCUAGCUUCCUAUGAUUUGGGUGUACAGUCAAAGGCGCUCCAUAGUUUAGAGGAAGAACUACAAAAUUCUUACAAGUGCUAUCGGGCCAUCGUGGAAUUCAAUAUUGCAUCCAGACUCAACCAAUCGCUGGACAACUUCUUUCCACUUGUGCCAGGUGAUAUCAGUCCUUUGUUGAAGAAUAUUGUUUGCAUAGGAUUGGUUGCAUCUCACUAUCAAGGUGCUAAAGCGUUGAUGCAUGAACACAAUUUAAUUAGCAAUUUAUAUGAUAUGAUCAUCGAUACCAAUCCUGUUAGCAGAAACGCAGCUUUGGCUCUGUAUCGCAUGUCCUCCCAGCCAGAAGUUGCUGAUGUAAUGGCGUCCGGAGAUCAUCUACAACGUGCUGUUCGUGUACUGGAGCGAAUCGAUCACAUUGAAGAAGUUUACAUGGUGAUCGCCAACUUAAUCGAGAGAUCUCCAGGGAAAGCUAUGUCCAAAGGAGUUUUCGAAACUAUUUACUGCAAACUAAACCGUUGCCACGAAUAUCCAACUGUUAUGAAAUGUCUUGCCUUGCUGAUAAAUUGUAGAGAGGCCGAAGAGGUGUGUGACAAGAAGGAUAUCGUCUAUAAAUUUAAAGAAAUGCUAGCCGAUGAUAGUUUACCGUUAAAAACUUUGGAAUAUCUUUCCCUGGGAAUAUGCAAUGCCUUAUACACAACAACCGCUAUGUGGAGAUGCCGAGAAUUUUGGGAUUUACCAGCGAUUUUGAUCAAGAGGGCCCACAAUAAAACCAGCGAUUUCAUGCAACUGUGGUGUUUGCAGGCCCUUCGUCAGCUUAUAAUGAUGCCAUCAAUAAAGAAUCUUGUCCGGAAAACUUACAAGAAAAAGAUUAAAAAUAUUGUUUGCAGGAAGGAUUACGUCGAAAAGGUGAAAAAUGAUCUCCUCAAACAGCUCCGAACAAAGCCUUAUUUGGUGGCUGAGAGUGAUGAGGAGAAGGAAGAGUCAGAAUCUGACACUGAUCACAUUACAGCUGGUCCUCAUGUUAGUCGAGGACCUGAUAUUCAGAAAGCUAAAUUUGAUAAGGAAGAUUUUCCUCCACCGAUCGCUUAUCGUCUCGAUUAUCGGCCGUUGAAGAAUUAUGAUAUAAAUAACAGAAUACAAUCGGAUAGUGAAAGGAAUAGUAAAGAUAUAACUGACGAAGAUAUGGAUCAAUUUGUUGAUCACGAAGUGAAUCAAUUUGGUAUAUAAGUUGUA